AUGACUCCUCCAACAACCCUCCCCACAGCUCUCCACCCGCGGGCCGCCCAUAUCACACAAUCCGUCCACGAAUACCUGGAAGGAACAUACCCCUUUUCGUCUCCAGAAACGAAGUAUGCUUUUUAUGAAAUGGACUUCCCCCGUUUUAUGGCCCUCUUAGCACCCAGUGGCCGGAUAGAGCGGCUCGAGAGCGCGGCGCUCUUUGUCUCUCUGACGGCGAUUUUAGACGAUGCAUUCAGCCAAAUGUCCAUCUCCGAGUCUAGGCAGAUCGGAGCCAAGCUACUGGAUAUCAUGCGGGGCGUUGCGCUGGCUGACGUCCUGAACCCCCUAGAAAAGAUCCUUGGCAAGGUUGUUGAGGAUAUGAACGCGCAAAGCCCUGAACUUGCCAAGGAUGUGCUUGAUGGUGCCGUUGCUUUAUUUCUUGCGCAGACGGACAAAGCACGGUUGGAAAUUACGCAAUUGGAUGAGUAUUUUGAGUUUCAGUUUAGGGAUGUGGGUGGUGAUCUGAGCGGGCCAAGUUCAACAGCCUCGAGAAAACGACGAUCCGACUUUUGA